CAGUAGCUGGGCAGAUUCUGGUUCUUGGAUGUUCAGUUAGUCUUCAGAUUUAGUGUAGACCUCUUGUUAGUUUAAUAUAGUGUAAAUAAAUAAUAUCUUAGCUGUUAUCUCAUUUGGAAAGUAAAUUGAUAGCCGAUAGCAGUCCGUAUCCAGUCUCUUACAUACGACUAUACCGUUUGCAAGUAGAACCCGACAACAACCCCGUUGCAUAAUUAUUGAAAAAAAAAAUAGGUAGUUAAGCUAAUGAAUUACUGUCUGAUGUUGAUGAUAUCGAGAAAGACAAACCAACAGCCCAGAGUGAAACUUAUCGUCAAAAUGACGAGAAAUAUGGUUCACAUAGAGCUGUAGAUGGAGACCCCAACACGUUUAUGAGUACAAGUCGAGGGACUCCUAUAUGGUGGUGCGUGGACUUACUCAAGAUACAUUCCAUGCGCUUGAUUCAAAUUAUCAAUAGGAAAAAUUAUUCUGAUCGGAUGAAAGAGUUUCGUUUGAGUUUUGGGAUGACUGGAAACUGUGAUGAAGCUGGUCUCGAUGAUUCUAUUGAGUGUUAUCGUGAUAUUGGUACAGAUCAGCCACAUUGCGAUAUAACAAAAUGUACAUCAGGUACAACCCCGGCUGAGAUGAGAGCCCGGUUUAUCUUCAUUCGUCAUCAGAAUGUUCAAUUUUUAAAUUUCGCGGAGCUCAACAUUCUUCUCGAUUAUUUCGACAGUUCAAACUGUAGCUCUACUGUAUAAAAUCCCUGAGUUAAUAUUCUCAUUUCUAUCUUCAUUUUCACACGCAUAGAAUUUCCACUUUUUAGGAUUUUAGAUGUGUCAUGGGCUAUGAAAAUCGUUGAUGUAUUCACAAAUAUCAAGGAUGUUAAGUUGGACAGACAAUCUCAUUAUCUCUGUUAUAUCAAGUGAUAUCUCGACCGGAAGUUAAGAGUCGCGCUUAAGAAGACACAACGAUAUCUACCAUUCAUUAUCGAGACAGAUUCAGCUUUACGGAAACUGCCUAAGAUUACAUAACGUACAUCCACUUAUCACCCCUUUCUGUACUAUUUUCUGUCACAUUUUCCUAUAAAAAUUUCUGCGCCCCUCUGUUAAAAUAAAUUCAUUAUUUUCCUGAUUAUUUUCCUGAAUAAAAAUGCAAUUAACUAUUGAAAAACGCUGAAUAUUCUGAUUAAGCUUUUUACAAUAAUCACUUAGUUUUAUGAAAUUUCCAAUUUUCUGGAUUAUGUUGUAAAUGUAACUUUAUGACACCAGGUAAUUUCACUGAUGAAUAUAUACUCACAUUGGCCAUUCUUGAGAAUUAAAUUUUAUGUUCAUUCU